UUGUGGGCACCGUGUCUCUGAGAGUUUCUCUCCGGACAGAGACAGAAAGAUGUCCGCGCUGAUGCUGCUGCUGCUCGGCCUGCUCUCCCUCUUCGUCUUCUUCUGCCUCCUCUGCGGCAGAAAAAGAAGGGACGGUGAACCUCCGCUCAUUACAGGCUGGAUUCCUUUCUUUGGAAAGGCUCUGGAGUUUGGACAAGAUGCCCACAAAUUUCUGGAGAAACACAAGAAGAAGUAUGGAGACGUUUUCACAGUUCACUUAGCAGGUAAAUACAUGACGUUCAUCAUGGACCCGUUACUGUAUCCAAGCAUCAUCAAACACGGCCGCCAGCUGGACUUCCAAGAGUUCGCCGGCAAGGUGGCACCCAUCACCUUCGGCUACCCCUUCGUGGUCCCGGCCCUGCAGGAGCAGAUCCACCGCUCCUUCAAACUGCUCCAGGGAGACAACUUGUCGACGCUGACAGAGAGCAUGAUGGGUAACCUCAUGCUGGUGUUGCGCCAGGAUCACAUGGGCGAGCGCAGCGGCUGGCGCAGUGGAAGCAUGUACGACUUCUGCAACUCGGUGAUGUUCGAGGCUACCUUCCUCACCAUGUACGGACGGCCAGCGGCCGGGUGUCGCCAUAGCGGCAUGCGCGCGCUGCGGGACGACUUCGUCCGCUUCGACAACAUGUUCCCGCUGCUCAUCGCCGGGAUCCCCGUCUGGCUGCUGGGACGCACCAAGGCCAUCCGCGACAAGCUGAUUGGCUACUUUCUGCCGCACAGGAUGUCGUGUUGGUCCAACACGUCGGAGUUCAUCAGGAUGCGUUCGGGGCUGUUUGAGCAGUAUGACGCGCUGAGGGACGUUGAUAAAGCAGCGCAUCACUUUGCCAUCCUGUGGGCGUCUGUGGGGAACACCAUCCCCGCCACCUUCUGGGCCAUGUACUACCUGGUGAGCCACCCAGCGGCGCUGCAGCGCGUCCGCCAGGAGAUCCACGACGUCCUGAGACUAGACGGCGUCGAGUUCAGCAGCGACACGGACCUGAUGCUCGACAGGGAGCAGCUGGAGAAGCUCGUUUAUCUCGAGAGCGCCAUCAACGAGAGUCUCCGUCUGUCCUCGGCCUCCAUGAACAUCCGCGUUGCUCAGGAGGACUUCAGUCUGCGGCUGGAUGCCGAGCGCUCGCUGGGCGUCAGGAAGGGAGACUUCAUCGCCCUGUACCCCCAGAGUAUGCACAUGGACCCUGACAUCUACGACCAGCCGCAGUCGUUCCGAGUGGACCGCUACAUUCAGGACGGCCGACUGAAGACGGACUUCUACAAAGACGGACGGAAGCUCAAGUAUUACCUGAUGCCGUUCGGCUCCGGUUCCUCCAUGUGUCCCGGGCGAUACUUCGCCGUCAACGAGAUCAAACAGUUCCUGUGUCUGCUGCUGCUCUACUUCGAUCUGCAGCUGGAGGAGGAUCAGAGCCAAGCCACGCAGGACCUGGGCCGGGCCGGGCUGGGGGUCAUGCUGCCCGCCGCCGACGUUCGCUUCCGCUACAAACUGCACAUGGUCGGACCGCUCACGGUCGGACCGCACACGGUCGGACCGCUCACGGUCUGACUGCACAGUGUGUGUGUGUGUGUGUGUCUGUCUGUCUGUGUGUGUGUGUGUGUGUGUGUGUGUGUGUGUGUGUGUGUGUGUCUGUGCGUGCGUGGGUGCGUGUGAGAUGGUCAGACCCAAACACAACCUAACGAUUAGUUUUUUUUUGGACAGUUUUCAGCGAUGAUCCAGAAUGAAAAUCUGCAGAAUUAAGGGGCCUGUUCUUUCUGCUUUGGGUGGAGAUGUGUUAGCAUUCUGAGUUAUAUUUUGAUUUGUUUUAAAUCUGUAGAAAAUGUGAUAUCAAGUUAAUUAUCUUGUGUUCUCGAGAUCGCGGCAUUUAAAAAGUAACUGUAAACACGGACGGUCUCGGCUUCAGUAUAAAAAGUGAUAUUUUUUGCCUUGACGGUUUAUAGUCGAGGCUAGAUUCAAACCGGGAAUGUCUAGGAAGUCCGUCUUUGACUAAACCGUGCACUGGAGGGUGACAACUGAUCCCUGUGUCCCCCUCUACCGUGCACCUUAUUUACUGUCCGGCAUUUCAUAAUGUCAUAAUGUCAUAAUGUCAUAAUGUCUCUCACUGUGUAUCGAGCCAUUCUCUUAAAGGAACAGCACAUUAUACCCAGAUGCAAAUAUGAAACUGAGCACUGAUAUCAGC